UGGAUAAAAGCAUUAAACUACAUUUGAUUUAAAAACAAUUUUAUGUAUCUAAAUGGCUCUAUUAUUUACAAGUAUGUGGGAUUCAACAAUGUUCCUGAGUACAUUAACGCCAAAAUUUUAUGUAGCUCUUACAGGAACAUCUUCACUUAUAUCAGGUUUGAUUUUAAUUUUUGAAUGGUGGUAUUUUAGAAAAUAUGGCACAUCGUUUAUUGAACAAGUAUCUUUAAAUCAUAUUUCUCCAUGGAUUGGUGGUGGAGAUAGUGGAUCUGAUAAUAACAGUUCAAAUAUAAGUAAUACAAAUUCUUCCAAUCAACAAAAUGUGCCUGAGUGUAAAGUUUGGCGUAAUCCGAUUAAUUUAUUUAGAGGAGCAGAAUAUCAAAGAUUUUAUUGGGCUACAAAUAAAGAACCAUUAACUUAUUAUGAUAUGAAUUUGUCAGCUCAAGAUCAUCAAACAUUUUUUACUUGUGAAGGUGAUACUGGUAAAGCAGAAUAUGAAAUUAUGCAAACUGCAUGGAGAGAACGCAAUCCAGUUGUGCGUAUAAAAGCAGCUCGUAGUGCUUUAGAACGUAAUUCAGACUGCACACCUGCUUAUAUUUUGCUUGCUGAAGAAGAAGCAACAACUAUAUUAGAAGCUGAAAAAAUUCUUAAACAAGCUCUUAAGGUAGCAGAAAAUAAUUAUAGAAAAUCUCAAAAUACUCAACAUCAAGGUUCUAUUGCUGAAGCCAUUCAUAGAAGGGAUACAAAUGUUUUAAUUUAUGUAAAAAGAAGAUUAGCAAUGUCUGCCAGAAAACUAGGUAAAUUAAAAGAAGCUGUUAAAAUGUUCAGAGAUUUGACUAAAGAAGUACCUCCAAUAAUGAAUGUUCUUAAUAUUCACGAGAAUUUAAUAGAGACACUUUUAGAAAUGCAAGCAUAUGCAGAUGUACAAGCAGUGUUAGCCAAAUACGACGAUAUAAGCUUGCCAAAAUCAGCAACAAUUUGUUAUACUGCAGCACUAUUGAAAGCAAGACUAGUUGCAGACAAAUUUUCUCCAGAUAUUGCAAGCAAAAGAGGAUUAACAACUGCAGAAAUGUCAGCAGUUGAGGCAAUUCAUAGAGCCGUAGAGUUCAAUCCACAUGUUCCAAAAUACCUGCUGGAAAUGAAACCAUUAAUUUUACCACCUGAACAUGUGCUUAAAAGAGGAGAUUCAGAGGCAAUAGCUUAUGCCUUCUUUCACCUUCCUCAUUGGAAACAAAUGGAAGGAGCAUUGAAUCUUUUACAUUGCACAUGGGAAGGAACCUUCAGAUUGCUACCAUAUCCACUAGAAAGGGGACAUUUAUUUUAUCCUUAUCCUACAUGUACUGAAUGUGCAGAUCGUGAACUUUUACCCUCGUUUCAUGAUGUAAGUGUUUAUCCAAAAAAAGAACUACCCUUCUUUAUUCUUUUUACUGCUGGACUGUGUUCUUUCACAGCCUUAGUAGCAUUACUCACGCAUCAAUACCCUGAUACUAUGGGAAUUGUUGCGAGAGCUCUGCUGGCUUGGUUUUCAUUACCAUUCCACUAUGUCCUUGAUAAACUGGAAGGAGUUUUACCCUCGAAUCUUCUGCAGCAACUAUCUAGAAUAUAA